CCACACACUUGCAAAGCUGCACUGCUGCUUGACCUGAAUUUCUCUAGCAAAGUUGGGAGCUGUGCAAGGCGUGCCGGAAGAUCAUGGGCAUCUUGCCGGUGAUCUAUGUACUACUCCCUUUGUUGGUACUCGAGUCACUAGGAAAGCUAAAUGCGCUAUCAUCUGGAGUUGUAACAAGCCACAACCCCGGAGGGGAUUGGGUGCAACCAUCACAUGGCACGCUCGACGGUUGCCCCAAGAGCUGCGGCAAUGUGAGCUUCGGCUACCCCUUCGGCAUCGGAUCCAGGUGUUCCCGGGGGCCUGACUUCAACCUCACCUACAACAACACCUCUCAUCCCCCCAGACUAUUCUUGAGGGACGAUAUCACCGAGGUGAUCCACUUUGAUGACCCUUUUUUCAAUAUAAACUUCAUCAAGGCCUCCUUCUCGCAUACCAUCCCCAUACAACCUGGUGUCAGUGUUUACAACUUGUCUUUGGUACCUCCUGGGAGGUCCUUCUCUCUCGGGGCCGCUGUUCUAAACAUUACCGGCUGUGGCCUGGAUGUAUACUCUGUCGGAGACGAUGCCACCACAUUAAAAUGCAGCACCGAGUGCCUGGAUCCAGGAAUUCCAGAGAUGGUGGCUAUGCACAACUGUAAAAAUACCUCCGGGUGUUGUCGUGUUGAUGUGGACGGUGACGGCAGUUUUCGGUUCAAAUUUGUCUACAACCAAAGCAAAAGCAACAUUGGUGCACGCUCUAGGAAGAGCUCACAACUGUGGGAUAGAAUCAGCAUAACUAGUGAUGGGCCGACUGGCUUUCUGCUAUUGUGGCAGAUAAUUGACGAAUCCAACUGCAUUGCUGCCAAGCAAAACAAGACACACUAUGCCUGCAUCGGCAAGUAUGCCGAGUGCCAUGACAGCACAGCCAAUGUCUGUGACGUCAAAGAUGCUGAGUGCAUUGACGGAAGUCGUGGCUACAGCUGCAUGUGCAGGACUGGCUAUUCAGGCAACCCAUACACUCCGCCUGGAUGCUCGAACAAUGACAAAGGGUAUAAUCCAAUUCUGAGCAGGGCUGAUUGCCCCCGUUUGUGUGGUAACACUAGUGUGCCAUUCCCAUUUGGCUUAGAAGACGGUUGCUUUGCAACAAAACAGUUCCACCUCAACUGCACAAAUAUGACGUCAUCCGCUGCUGUCAUGUUGGGUUAUGACCAGGUUGUGAACAUAGAUAUUCACGAUGGGACCCUUAAUGUUACCAACACUCAACUACAGUCACUAGGGGGGUACUUUACUGAUGGACUUUUCCUUACACCUUAUGGGUCGCCAUUCUCCUCUAUGCUGUGGGUUGCUGCUAAUCUAAGUUGCGCAGAGGCCCAAAAGAACAUGUCUAGAUAUGCUUGUGUCAGUAUUAACAGCACAUGUAUGGAAGUAAGCAUUGAAAGGCGCUCUGCUGGUUACCGCUGCAAAUGCUCAGAUGGGUUCCAAGGAAAUCCGUACAUCCAAAGUGGUUGUGAAGAUAUUAAUGAAUGCCUUCAACCGAACAAAUGUAGAGAAGUCUGCCAUAAUACCAAAGGAAGCUUCAGCUGUACCGAAUGUCCUCUCAAGACUGAGUAUGAUCCAUUAAAGAUGCAGUGUACUAAGAUAAACCAGCAACGUCUACUCUUAGGUACAAUUAUUGGGUUGUCUUGUGGUUUUGGCGUUCUACUUCUGAGCUUCAGUGCAGCACUUCUCAUUCGUAGAUGGAAAAAAAAUGUUCAAAAGCAAGUACGGAAGAAUUAUUUCCGGAACAAUCAAGGUCUUCUCCUAGAAACGUUGGUAUCAUCUGAUGAAACUGCAAAUGAGUAUACAAAGAUUUUCUCGCUAGAAGAGCUGGAGAAGGCAACAAACAAUUUUGAUGCUACACGAAUCAUUGGUCGUGGGGGCCAUGGCAUGGUUUACAAAGGCCUAUUAUCUGAUCAACGUGUCGUUGCCAUAAAAAAGUCUAAGAUCAUUGAGAAGUGGGAGAUCAGUCAAUUCAUCAAUGAGGUUGCAGUCCUCUCUCAGAUAAAUCACAGAAAUAUUGUGAAGCUCUUUGGAUGUUGUCUCGAAACUGAGGUUCCAUUGCUGGUGUAUGACUAUGUAUCCAGUGGCUCACUAUCUCAAGUUCUUCAUGCUGAUUCAACUGAUGGUUUUCCUUUGUCCUGGGGUGAUUACUUAAGGAUUGCCCUGGAAACAGCAGGAGCUCUGUCUUAUCUCCACUCUUCAGCUUCAAUAUCAAUCUUCCAUCGUGACGUGAAGUCCUCAAAUAUACUCUUGGAUAGGAACUACAUAACUAAAGUCUCAGAUUUUGGUGCGUCCAGACUGGUUCCGAUUGAUCAAACACACAUUGUCACGAAUGUGCAAGGUACAUUUGGAUAUUUAGAUCCAGAGUAUUUCCAUACCAGGCAGCUGAACGGGAAGAGCGAUGUGUAUAGUUUUGGUGUGGUACUAGUGGAGUUGCUUCUCCGAAAGAAGCCUGUUUUUACAAGUGAAUCAGGCACCAUCAUGGGCUUGUCAAGCUAUUUUCUCCAGGAGUUCAGUGAGGGGAGAAUCAUGGGUAUUGUUAGUUCCCAGGUCCUGGAGGAGGCAACUGAGGAAGAGAUCAAUGAUGUCGCCUCUCUUGCAGAGCGGUGCUUAAGACUGCAUGGUGAAGAAAGGCCCACCAUGAAAUAGGUGGAGACGGAACUGCAGAACCUACGGGCAAAACAGAUGGAAUCAUCUCAGGCAGAUCCGAUGAAUGAAGAUCAGAUGCAACCAAGGUCAUUAACUCAAAGGACUAGAGCUGCUUGCCAAUCUUCUGCGGCGGGAUUGGGCGAGAGAGCCGGAGUGCAGUCAGGAGGCUGUUAUAGCUUGGAGGUAGAGUUCAUGGCAUCUGCUAGCAUUCCACGCUAGAUGCAUAUGUUGAGCUCAUAAUAAUGGAUGCUUUUGUUUCAUUUUUGUAAGCUGAUGCAAUAAUGGAUGAUUUUGUUUUCUCUUAUGUAAGCUGUGCCUGCGCUUGUAUCCAUGGGAAACAAUGUUACGUAGGUUGGUAUUGUAAGUCAAUUUAUUUCCAGAUAAUUAAAGGGCGUCCUGAUUGUAUUGAGU